AUGGUGGGUAUACCGCAACCGUUUUCAAUAGCAGAAUCCAGUGCAUGGUCUCGAUUUCCUGGUGAACCAGCGUUCAAUCCAUCACUAGCAGAGCCUCUAACUGACUUUCCCACAGUCAACAAUUCAAAUCUACCACCAAGUGCGAUACCAACAAUUAGUAGCGUUGCGCCGCCGGUGCCACAGCCUCCAAGUAUCCCUUUUCCUUCUAUACAGCAAGUAAAUGGUCAACUGGGCAGUGUUAUUUCGACUGAUUCUGGUACUAUGCAGACAGGACCACUAUUCAAUCAGAUGCAAAUGCCUUUUGCACCAAAUCCUACACAAAUAAUGCAAAAUGAAUUCAAUAACAAGCGUUUAGCUCAACUUGAAGAAGAAAAUGCCAAAAGACAGACGACUAUUAUGAAUAUUCAACAGAUGGGUGAACAGGUUUUACAAAGUCAGAUGGACAUCCAGGAACAAAUUCUGCAAUAUCGGCUUAUGUUAAAACAAUGUAUACAGAGUCUUGAUCAUCAGAGUUUUAUUUUAUCUGGGCAAUCAGACGAAAUCGCAUUGGUUCGAGCAAAAAUGUGUCAAUUCGAAUAUCUCAUAGAUGCACUUCGGAAGAGCAAAGAAGAAAAUCAACAAUCACAAAAUAACUUACCAGACCCAAAUUUUCUAUGUUCUCAACCUCAAUUACCAAUACGUACUCCGUCCAUGACACCUUUUCUCCUUGGUGGUGUAACGCGCGUCAGAUCCUCAAAAUUUCAACCUUUCAAUCCACGACGUCGAUCGCCUGAGCCGCGACCAACAACUUUCAAUGAAUCACAAAAUGCCAAUUCGACAACAUCAAACUUGAAUGUUAACACUCCUAGCAUUUCUCGUCCUGCGGAUAAUAUCAAUCCUUGA